AUGUCCAUUAACAUCGUGGACACGUCGGAGGCGGAUCUGGUGCUGCCGCCUCAGCUUCGCGGCGGCGGCGGCGGCGGCGAAGAGAUCCAUGCUCCUAUGCAUGUCCCCUUCCGAGGUAGCGUUGAGGGAGCAGACGUCGGCGAACAAAAGUUCAUGGGCGGUGGUUGUGGAAACGCACGGCUGGAAGUACGUCCAUCUGGCUCUACGCCAACCAGUCUGCAACUCGGCACAAACCUACACACAACUGCGUUGACUGAGAUGAGAGGUCAGUUGGCAGCCUCCCAAGCCACGGCGCUUGGCCCACCGUGA